AUGAAUUUUGAAGAUAUAUUGGGUAACUUACUUGAGGUUGUAGGCAGUACUGUUGUAUGCAAACUUAAUAUAGACUCUCUAUUAUUGACUAAUAUCACUGAUUGUGUUAAUAACAUUAUUUCAAUAUUAAUCUACAAUUCUGAUGAAGUUCCCAAUGCUGAAGUCAUUAAGAUUCUCUUCAAGUGCCUUCUCAAUAAAUUUAUUGCGGCAUCGGUUGAUAACCGAAAUGCUAAUAAUCUCGUCAGAGCAUCAUAUGUAUCAUAUACUGCAAUACUCCUUAACAAAUAUGGUAAAGCAGCAUUAUCAAGUUAUAACAUUCUUUUGCAACACCUAUGCUACACGCUAGAUGGUCUGGAAAGAGCUGAAGUACGAACUGCACGUAUAUCUUUGGUAUUAGGUCUUUUAAUUUUACUGCCAACAAAGUUAUAUGAAGAUCUAAUAAAAUGGGUUCUUAAAUUGUCAACCACAUCAAAAAUUUCUCACAGACAAGUUGCUUUGGAAAUAUUAGGCAAGCUCUUGACCAACGAUGCCGAAGAACUAAGACCAAACGAAAUCCCUUUUCAAAAUAGUACAUCAGACCCAAGUUCGUCCGAUAGUCAAAAUGAUGGGAAUGUAGAAAAUAACCGACAGACAAGUCAGGACUUGCCGGAGGGCGAGGAGGUGGGUAGUGUCAGCAGAACGGCGCACGCCGACAUCAUCCGCGCGGUCUACGAGAGGGUGCACGACGUGUCGAGUUCGUUGCGAAUGCGCGCGCUGACCAUACUCACGGAGUGCGUCAGCAGUACCGACCCUCCGACGCGGGAAGCCAUAAAGGAGCUGAACGGGUGCGGCGAUGCGCCGCGGCUGCUCGCGGUGGCGGCGCGGUGCGCGUGCGACGAGCGCGCCGUCGUGCGCAGGGCGGCGGCCGCCCUGGUGCAGCGCCUGCUGGCGGCCGCUGACCGCGUAGUGCCCAACGACCUGGCGAUUCUCAUCAGUCUAUGCCGCGACGCUAGUAUACUGGUGCGGACAUCAGCCAUCACAGGUCUCAGCGAGAUCCUGAUGCAAAAGCCAUGCGACGCUACCGUAGAUGCAUUUCUCACUGGCCCCAUGAAUCAAUUAUCAGAUCCCGAAGCCAAGGUCCAAGAGCUGGUCAUGAAUCAGAUCCAUCAAAUAUUAUUCGAGAGACUUCACAAUUACACCGUCGGCGGACAAGAGGACACCCUUCCCUGGUUAUUCCUAGCGGGUGUGAUUCGGCACAACAUGCGAAGACAUCUCCAGAAAGCCUGCGCGUUGCUUCACAACUCACCUAGGAGCAUUGGACCUCGCGUGGUCGAUAUUGUGGGUACGCAUCUGGGCGAGGCGGAUGGCGCUCGCGACCUCCAAAGCCUGGUGCUGCUGACGGGCCUAGCUCGUCACUUCCCCAAUUCGGACCCCCGUUUCCUGCUCCGCUACUACUACAGGCUCGACGAUGACAUACAGGUGUGCGACGUGCGAAUACUGGGCUUGAUAUACGAGCUGCUGACGGCGUGGUCGAAAGCGCUGACCGCUCCCGAUCGGGACACGCUGAAAGCUCACCUAGUGCGCAGGCUCGCGGCCCCCACAAGCGCCGUAGACGACGGUUGCCGAACAGCUUGUGCCACUCUUGCAGCGCAUUUGGAUCCAGAUAACUUACAAUGGGCGACGGAACUCUUGCAGGAUGCCGAGAACCGAGCGGUGAAUGGCGGUUCCGUGGGGGAGUGGUUGCUCGCCGCCGACUUGUCGCUGGUGGCGCCAUCGCCGCCUUCGGAGGCGUUGCUUCAGCUGCUACUAGGGCCACUCGCCGACCCGCCGCCUGGCAUGAGCGCGGCGGAGGUGGGCGCGUGCGCGGCGGGCGCGGGGCGGCUGUGCGUGCGCUCGCGCGAGGCGGCCGCGGUGGCGGCGCCCGCACUUGCGGCGUUGCUGCGGCGACAAGGCGCGCCGCUGCCCGCGCGCCUCAACGCGCUGCUCGCGCUCACCGACGUCUGUGUCCGGUGGGUGACCGUAUUUAUAGCAAGACUGAAAGCGGGGGCGGGGUGCGGACGGAUGUGCCACUCGUCCGUGAUGCAAUCUAAAUUGUUUCCUGUUCCAUUCUCGCCCGUGUGCGCCUCAACGCGCUGCUCGCGCUCACCGACGUCUGUGUCCGGUGGG